CUGGCCUUCAAGUGCGGGCAUGGCCUUGCCAAGUGGCCACUACGACUCGCGUUGCAAACCCAUGCACACACUCAGCCAUGCCGCGUUCCACGCCCCUCAAAACCCACGACUUUUUUGUUUUUUUUUUCGCGCAGUUCGUGGUCGUGUCAUUCAUUAGGGCUUAUCUGGAUCGCUGCCAUGUCAGUCUUCUUCUUCGGCUCGGAACAGUGAGAUGCCACCGUGAUUAGUAGAAUGCACUGGGCCUUUCAAGCUCCGUUAUUGACCUGUUUGAAUUGGUGAUUAGCAAGCCUGGCACCUCCUCGAGCGAAUCCAACAAUUUCUCUGUGUUACUUACUUACUCCUUGUCGAAGUGAUUUUUGUGGGUGUUGAGCAAGGCACAGUUUUGUUUCUUCGUUCGACAAAGUCUGGACUGAGUCGAAGGGGAAUACAUCGAUCAGAAUCUGGGCAUUGAAAUGGCAUCCAUGUACGCUACUUUCGCUACUUCCGCACUGAAGUGUUCUCCGUGUGCGGCGACUGAGUUCAGAGCUCGUAAUGCCGCCGCAUCGUGUUUCGAGGGGCAGAGGCUUGUUCUCAAGAGCAGUUUUGCGGGGGAACAAGUUUUCUCCUUCAGCAAACGGCAGGAAAUUACCUCCGUUGGGGUGAGAAAUCGUGCGCCCACGGCGAGUUUGAACGAUUACGCUCCCUUGACUGCCGCCGUCUAUGGCGCAAGUCUUCUUGGUGGUGGCCUCUAUGCAUAUACAAGGACUGGCAGCACGAGUUCACUUGGAGGUGGAAUUACGGGCGGCAUUGCUCUUGGCGUGGCAUUCUUCUUGAUGCAGGUACCUGAGACUCGAGAUCUUGGUGAGGCUGUUGGAUUUGGUGCUGCGGUGCUCUUUGCUGCCAUCUUCGCAAUCCGACUAGCAUCCACAGGCAAACCUGUUCCCUCUGGACCGCUCUUGGGCUUGAGUGCAGCGACCUCGGUGAUUUUUGCUCUUUCAUACCUUGAAACUCGUGUGCCUCUCUCUUGAAGUACUUUACACAAGUGCAGUCUGCAAGCUUAGGCAGAAGCUGCCAUCGGCGAUGUUCGGCUUGCUAGUUGCAAUUUAAGGCUGCCAAAUUUAGCUGGGGUCUAGACAAUCUUUUGCUGUUAUUCCUAUCGCAGGUGACCCUUGCACGAAAUAUAACAUUCUAGUUGAUGCUCGAUUGUUUCGAAUAUUUGAUGUUAGCAAGCAUGCUCAUCCAGCAUUGAUUCUGCAGCUGAAUGUCUGCGAAUUCCAGGAGAUAUACUAACAGAUGAACUUUGUUAAAGCUCUUAAUGUCCUCGUGGUUGUUUCUGUAAUUAAGCAUUUUCAUCGCCCAUUUGCGGCCAGUUUUUCUACAA